AUGGGAUUCAACAACACCCAUCGACAAGAGGAGAUUGGUGCUAAUAAAAACGUUGCUACUACAACCGGUGGCAGGAAUAAUGCUAGGAAGAUCCAUAUUGCUCAUAGAAAAUCACCGUGUGAGCUAACCAACUUGAUGAUUGAGCAGUUUAAUCUGACCAGGCAGCUGGAUAUUGGCCAGCAGCAGCACUCGCCUGUUCAGAAACACCAUAAUAUCUCUCAGCUGAGUGAAAACCAUGCGUAUGGCGCAACUGUUGCACCGGUUGGAGCUACAUCUUUUCUACAGCCUCCCCAACCGCAGUUCAACAAUAGCCCGGCACCCAAUACUUCUAACAAGAGCCGAUCCCAUUCUAGAAAUAACUCUGGAUUUUACAGCGGUAAUAAUGAUUUUGGUGGUUCUUCGUCUCAUAGGAGAACUGGAUCCCAAUCCAGUGUAUAUGGGCACACGAGACGACAUUCGCUGGGGUUGAACGAGGCGAAGAAAGCGGCAGCCGAGGAGCAGGCUAAAAGAGCUGUUUCUAUUCUUAGUAGUACACCUACUAAAUUGGAGCAUUCACCAGAUGGGGAAGAGUCUUCAGCAAAUAUUUCAGCCUUCAAGUUUCCUCCACCUGCUCCCGUGCCACCCCAAGCUGGUCAUCGUCGCGCCAACUCUGCUAUGUCGCCUAAUCGCUCCUUUCAGUUCCCUGCAACUUCAUCCGGUAAAGAAAAUCAAGAUGAUUCACCUGCGGUGGAUCACUCACACCGCCGCACAAGUUCAAGGGGACAGGAUCUACCCGGUAUUAACUCGAACUGGAGAGUGCAGCAAACACAUCAACAGCAAUCAUCUUCAUAUCACAAAACUUCCUAUUCUAAUCAAGGAUUUGGGUUAGAUCCUUCCCCUGUUUUCCAGCCCGGUCACAGAUCGCGUGGUUCCAACGCUUCUACGCAUAGUUUUAAUUCUAGUCCCGGUGCGAACAAUGCCAAUGGCAGAAAAUCUUUGUUUGCUCCAUAUUUACCACAAGCAAAUAUACCGCAAUUAAUUGAAGAAGGCAGAUUGGUCGCAGGUGUCCUCCGUGUUAAUAAGAAGAAUCGUUCAGACGCAUGGGUUUCUACUGAUGGCGUUCUAGAUGCUGAUAUAUUUAUUUGUGGAUCCAAGGACCGUAACAGAGCACUUGAAGGUGAUAUUGUCGCCGUGGAGCUGCUAAUGGUCGACGAUGUGUGGGAGUCUAAAAAGGAAAAAGAGGAAAAGAAAAGAAGGAAAGAUGCGUCAACACAGCAAGAUGUGGUUUCUUUGGACUCAAAGGAUGACUAUCACAACGACGCCUCUUUGGGAAGUUCUAGCGUAAACACUUCAGGUUCAACACAGCAACAGAACGCAUCAGCCUCUAAGAGUGGUGAAAAUUCUAACGGCACAGGCUCAAUUAAGAGAAGAGGUUCUUUGAAGCAAAGGCCAACGCAAAAGAAGAACGACGAUGUUGAAGUUGAAGGUCAGUCUUUACUUCUGGUCGAAGAGGAAGUAAUUAGUGAUGAAUUUAAACCUCUUUAUGCGGGCCAUGUUGUUGCAGUCCUCGAUCGUAUUCCUGGACAGUUGUUUAGUGGUACUUUGGGCUUACUAAGACCAUCGCAACAAUCUUGCGAUUCUGAUAAACCUCAAAAGCCAAAAAUUGUGUGGUUCAAACCUACAGAUAAGAAAGUCCCAUUGAUUGCUAUUCCAAUAGAACAAGCGCCAAAGGAUUUUGUUGAAAACUCUGAGAAUUACACUAAUAAGACGUUCGUAGCCUCUAUAAAGCGUUGGCCCAUCACUUCUUUGCAUCCAUUUGGUACCCUAGUGUCUCAGUUGGGCGAGAUCAACGAUCCGGCGACAGAAAUUGAUUCCAUACUAAGAGAUAACAAUUUUCUGUUGGAUGAAUACCCAGAACAUGGAGAUUACACCAAGGAUAAAGAACUAUAUAGCCCAAAGGUGCUCAGUGCAGAGGAGUUGGCGGAGAGAAAGGUUUAUGAUGAAACGGUUGCAAUCUCUGAAGAUGGCAUUCUCUCUAACCUUGCUUUACAUGUUGAAACCUUACCUGAUGGCAAUAUCGAACUGGGAUGCCAUGUUGUUGAUGUGACCGCUCAUAUUGAAGAAGGAUCGUCUUUGGAUAGACGAGCACGGAAGAGAUCAACUGCAGUGUUCAUGCCUCAGAGAUCCGUCCAAUUGUUGCCCGAUUCUGUGAAUAAACAUUUAAACUUAGAAGCUGGUCGCCAGACGGCUACUUUGUCUGUCAUUUACAAAAUCCAUCCAAAAACCUAUGAGGUUAUUUCUUAUGAAAUUAAUGAGAGCUUAGUGGAACCUAAAGCAUUAUUGACAUUUGAGCAAUUAAACAGAGAAUUUGAUAGGGAACCUGAUAAAAUUACUGAAUUUGCCAAAUUACUUUAUUCUAUAUCUACUCAAUUUUUCCGCCAAAGGUUUCAACUGACUGACGAAGAUAUCUCUUCUAAUAGUAAAUUGUCAUUACUUUCUACAUUGGAUGACGAAAAGGUCAAAGUUAACUUGAAUCUUUUUGAAACAUCUUUGGCAGCAUCUAUCAUUGGUGAAAUUGAACAUAAGGUGAAUAACACCGUUGCUGAGAAGAUAUAUGUCAACUUAGGACCUGCUGCGUUUUUGAGAAGACAAUCGCCACCGGUCUCUACCAAACUGCAGCUUUUUAAGAAAAAAGUGCAAAGGUUCAACACAUAUCCAGUUCACAGUUUACUGCAAUCAAUAAUAUCUAUGGAGGACGCUAAAACUAAGACAUGUGUUGAGUUGCUUCUUUAUAAGGCAUUAAACCGUGCUAGGUAUUUUGUUGCUGCUAAGGUGGAACCGGAUCAGUUUGGGCAUUUUUCGCUGAAUAUGCACUUGUAUACGCACUUCACCGCGCCUUUAAGGCGGUACGCUGACCAUGUUGUUCACAGACAGCUAAAGUCAGUUAUUCAUGGCACAGAGUACAAAGAGGAUUUGGAGUCCUUGAAAAUUACCUCCGAGUACUGUAACUUCAAGAAGGACUGUGCUAGCCAUGCUCAACAACAAGCUAUUCACUUGUUAUUAAGCAAAACGAUUAAUGAUAUGGGUAAUGCUGGUGGCCAAUUACUAGUGGUCGCGAAUGUCCUUCAAGUUUACGAAUCAUCUUUUGACGUCUUUAUCCCAGAAUUUGGUAUUGAGAAAAGAAUCCAUGGCGAUCAACUGCCAUUAAUUAAAGCUGAAUAUGAUGGAAGUAGUCGAGUAUUGGAGUUAUAUUGGCAGCGUGGUAUCGACAGUGCGACUUUUGUACCACCUGAUGAAAAGAAUCCAAAAUCAUACAGAACUUCUAUCAAAAAUAAAUUCAGGUCAACAAGUAAAGAAAUUGCACUAAUGCAGAAAACUGCAAAGGAAACUGAAUCUGGUUUAAUUGGCGAUGAACUUGCAUCGGAAUUUUCAAAACUACAUAUUGAAGCUCCAAGACUCCAUAUCCUGACAAGCGACGAAGCAAGUGACGAUCCCUUAGCCCCUUACCUAGACCUUGCCAUUACCAGGCAGGAAGGUGAUAAUUAUAUUCAGGAAAUUCAUGAGUUGAGCCAAGUCCCAGUUCUCUUGAGGGCUGAGAUUGGUAUGGCAUUGCCUUGUUUGACGAUAAGGGCAUUAAAUCCAUUCACCACUAACUAUUAA